GAGGAGGUGUCAGAAACUAGGUGGAAGAACUUGUCCCAUGGCAUUGACGGGCAGGAAGAGGAAGAGCUCUGAGAAAGAGGAGCAACACCCAUUGGAGGACAACUGGGAACUGCACUCUGGAGAGCUCCAUAGGUUCUUUGAGUGUGAGCAGGCUGUGAACGUGCCGACAGGGACUUUAGCAGCUAAGGCUGUUGGAGAUGUCGAUGUACCCUCUAUGGAACCCGCUUCCACUCUAGCUCACUGUGGAACCGAGUUUGAUAUAAAAGACCGGCGAGACGAGUCGACAGGGGAAGCACAGCGGAACGACUCUGCAGGCAGUCUUCCAAGAACCAGUGUUGAGUGUGGUUUUACAGAGGCCAGUGGGGGACAGGGAGCCCCCGAGUCUCAGAAAUGCAGCAUCCUGACAGAGCUGCAAAUCCGCGGGAACCUCCUUGGCACCAAUCUCCCAGGGUCAGUUCACGGCUCAGAAGAACCAGAAAUAAAGAGCACUGUGGUCCCUGGAGGGGCAGGUGGCCAACACAGUGACCAACUGAUGCAUGAAGAGGAGAAGGGGCCUGGCUCCUGUGGAGAGAAUAUACUUGGUGUGAUGCAGGGUGUUCAGGAGAGUGCUCCAACAAAGGUGAGACUGCGGAGGAGGAUGGGAGCGUGGGAUUUUAGAGAUCGGGAGAGGAGGAACCACUGUGAAAGCCAGCUCAUGGGCCGUUGUCUAAGGAAGGGUGAAAACAAUGGAGAAGGAGAAAGACCUCAAGUGGAGGAAGAGAGUAAUGAGGAGGACCGAAAGGAUGAAGGAAGUGCAAAUUCGGACUCUGACAAAGGUGUCACAACCCGCAGUUCAGGACCAUUGGUCAGUGAGGUGUUUGUACACAGGGCUUUUCUCUCAGAUGGUCAUGGAAAGUUGAACCCUGCAGAUGACUGUGAGAGACGAUCUACAGCGGUCACCUCAGCUCCAGAUGAGUCUUUGGGCAGUGACCCGAAAAAGGAAGGGCCUUCUCGACCUGGAGCAUCUGCUACGCAUACAGUAAGAGAGUCGAAGUGUUUAUCCACGGAGAGUUUUUCCCAAGUGAUCGACUCCACCCCCUUGGCACCACCGUUUGUGCAGACCACUAGUGAAGGUCAAGAAAAUCCUUGUGAGAUGGAGGGUUUUCUGUUCAAGGAGAGGGCAAAUGAUGAGGAAGAAGAGAUUCUUCUCAGAGAUGAGCCACAGAAAAGUAUGAGGCUUGAGGCCAUGAACUAUACUGUGAUGGAGGAGGACAAAGUCCUUGGCUUUACCGUGCCUCAAAGUGACACACAGCACCGCAGCCUCUGUGACACGUUACCACAGGAAAACGCACCCAGCUCAGCUCAGCCAGGGGUCCUGCCAGUGGUCACAGCGGGCUGUGGUGCCCUUGGGAACACCAGCAAAGAUGCUGUCCAGCUUUUGUCUGUCAAGCCCUGCUCUGCUGCAGACUUCCCAGGGUGUACUGAGCUCGAGGAGGAGACCAGAGCCGGUGCUAACUCACACACACUUCACAAACUGAAUGAUGGGGAGGCAAGGUGUCUGGGUGCAGUACCAGCCUGGGAACUGUCAGCCAAUAUUGGAACAAACCUUUUAUGUGAUAAUCCACUUGCUGGGGAUUGCAGAGCAUCCCUGAGUGUUGAAGAUAUUGGUGAAUUGGAGGAAUAUCGUGGCAAUACUUGUGGAGCUGACUUGGUAACAGGUACCAGGAAGCCACCCGCCACCGAGCCGAUUCCCCCGAAAAUCGCCCUGGAAGUGGGUGGCCCGUUUCCUCCGAGUUGUGCGGCUGUGAAGGUAGAUGCGCAUGUCGCCCAAGUAAACUGUCAGACUGAGACUCGGAUGAAUUCUGAUCCGGCUUCACUCAAAGGCACCACCAUCUGUCUCAUCCAGCAGACAGACAGUGAGGAUAAGACAGCUCCCCCUCAUUCUGUAGAUGCCCCUACCCUUAGGGAUCUGGAGGCAGCCUGUCUGGCCAGUAGCGGUGGUCCUGCAGUAACCUCAGUGUCGCCCCCUGCCUCUGUGGAGGAUCCCUUGUCCUGGAAGAAUCUAGUGCAGAACCUCAGCACUGAGGUGCGAGAUGAGUCACUGUCCCCAGUAGAUGGCGGGUCUUUAGACACCUGUCUCAGCUCUGCUGCCUCUCGGUCAUCCAUGCCAAACAGCCCCCCAGCUUGCACUGUCCCCACUGUCCUCGAUCCUGAGGUCUCAUUCUCCCUCUUCUCGCUGUCUGACUCCCAAAUAGACAACCUCAUGCUCAGUCAAAUGGACGACCAAGCCCCAUACCCCACUGAGGAGGAGGAAGAUGCCACUGAACUUAUGUGUGGACUUAUUAAGGAGCUUUCUUCCCUUAAUCAGACAGUGAUGGCUGCCCACAGGGAGCUGGAAAGCCUGCGCCGUGGCAACAAAACCUCGAGACCUCCCAUCACUUGGUCUUCUUGCCCCCCAAAGCAUUGAAUUUGGAGGUAGUGGAGCAAUGUAGUCUCAUCCCACGUUUGCUCUUUGCAUGCAGCUGCAGUUGUGGAAAAGGCUUUAAUUUUUCCUCCUUUCAUCCAUUCACACUAUGGCUGCCUUGACUGCUGCACUCUGUUCCUGACCAGCGGGGUUCACCUCCUGCACUGUGCAGCAAGGCUGUAAAAUGCCUUUGUGAGGUCUACUGGUUUUUGCCCUACCUCACAACUUGUUCAGUUGAAUAGGGCCAUGACUCUCGGCUCCGGUCCACAGUGCGUUAAACUUCUUACGAGUUUUGUUGCGAGAGGGAGUGUUCAGUUGGACCAUCUGGAGUGAGAUGUUACUGAUUUCAGCACUGAAGCCUGAAUAGCUAAACGUACAGUGACCUGCAAGGUCCCAGGUUGCCUAUCAUUGGAGCCAUUUGUCUGCUCCCCCUUUCUCUUUUGUCUGACUAAUCUGAGGGGACCAGAGGACUGGGGUUUCCCUUGGUCUUCAAGAUCACUGACCCAGACAAACAGUGUUGAUGUGGAACAUCAACGAAGCCUCAGUGGGCUUUGGUUCCUUUUUAAGGCUGGGCUGUACCAUGAGGGGCUAAUGUACUUUUUGGCCAGGCUCUUGGCUUCUUAAACAAAUGAUUUCCCUAACUGCACUAAUGUAACCUUCUCGCUCAGUGCUUAGGAUCUUAAACGUGUCAAAAGAGCUAAAUAACCCAAACAGAGUGGAGUCCUACAGGAGAAGGAUUAGACAACCCAGAAUUAAAGAUUUAAUUACUUUGCUGGAAGAGUGUGUGCUUCAAAUUAAUGAAGGUGACAGCUUGUUUCCAUGAAGGGCCAAGUUUUCACUCUAAAUGCUCCUCCUAGUUAUCCUGUCUGCACUUUGCUAUUUUUUUCCAUUCGAUUUUGGUGCCUUUAGUCCACACCUGAUAAAUGCGGUGUUUUUUUGAAGCAUGCAUUUAUGUUUGUAUAAUUAUAAACCUGGAA